CGACUUUGCAUGGCCCCGCUUCAGGGCAGCCAGUGCCACGCACCAGCCUGGGAUGCAAUGGGCCGUUCUUCUGCAAUCGGGCCUGUCGACUUGAGGCACGCACAGACGUGGCUUCACAGCCGCCUGCGCGACCUGAACGAGGACGACUUCGAGGGAGGCCUCCGCAUUUUCUGCACCAGCAACCUGGUGCCUCUGGAGGCCUUCCAGGACGUUUGGCACGUGAUCUCCAGGGACUCGGACAUACGCGAAGGUACACCCCUGCUCAGCGGGGAGGACUCGGCCCAGCUGCACACCAUCCUGGUGUUCUGCAACCAGAACAGUUGCAACGAGGUCAAGAGGCUCUGCGACAUCAUCACGAACAUAGAUACGGGCAGCCAGGACGCCCCGCCGAUGUUCUGGGUGCCCCACUCCGCUGCGCCUGGCCCUCAACGCCAGGGCCUGGACGGCAUCGUGUGCGGCGAGCCAGCGGGGCUGCGACUCUCUAUGGCCGUGCGCUCGAUGAUCCGCAAGUCGCCGAGCCUCUCGCGGAACCUGACCGAAAUGGUCGCGGAGACCCGCUCGCGGACGCAGUGCGCGGAGUAUUUGCAGCAUUGCGCGCACGCGACCCUGUGCGACUACGUGAGGGCCCGCCUGGCGCCCGAGAUCCCGCCGGUCGACCACAACCUUGAGCCCGGAGAGCCGCAGGAGCUUCCCGGCUACAUCAUCGGGAACAAGCUCGGACAGGGGAUGUUUGGGUCUGUCUACAAGCUGACGGAGAGGCCCGGGGUGGGCAACAGGGUCCAGGUUGUCAAGGUGGUAUCCAUUGAGGCCAUCACGGAAAUCAUAACCUUGAUGUACCUCAACCGCAUGAUCCGCGUGAUGCAGAUGCUGAGCGACGAGAAGACGCGUCACCCGAACAGUAUUCGCCUUCACCAGACAUACCACUCGCCGACGCACAUCAUCUUUCGACUGGAGUACGGGGGCCCAGAGAACUUGUACCGCCGCCUGCACCACCGCCAAGCACUUCAGCCGGAGAAGCAGCGACCACUGAGCAUCGACAGGGUCGUGAAGAUCGCCUCGCAGUGCGCCGAGGCAGUGUGGCACCUGCACGCAGUGGUGCAGGUCUGCCACCGCGACAUCAAGCCAGAAAAUACCCACCACUUCGGCUACGUGGUUGUGCCGAAGGUGAAGGCGCCUUUGACCGAGAUGCUCUGUGACGAGGGUGUCUUCAAGGUCGUGGCGGUGGGACUCGACACGCAGAUCAUCGAGAUCGGGGUGUUGGCGAAGACCUUCAAAGGAAGUAUGAAUUCAGAUGAAUGGGACAAACAGGAGCUACCUGGGGCGCUCCCGAUCCACACUCAUGGGGAACAAGGCGGAACGUAUCUGGAUAAGCCGCCUCAGAACACCAACAUGCUCUCGAUGGGCACUUUCAAUCAAGGGGAAGAUGAGAACGACACCACGCCAGGGAUCAACGGAGUGGUAUAUGUCUUGUAUCGAGUGAUAUGCGUAUUGAUCAACUUGAUGGAUUUGUCAAGCUACAGCUUGCAGAAGAUGAUUACCUACACUCUCAAGGUCACGGGGACCAUGAGGCAGAAUAUGUACAGCGGACUUGUUCAGUUGUCCAGUUUUGGUCAACCUACUACGAACUACCCAGAGAACAUCAGUUUCUCUUGGGACAAUUUUGAAGUGACGUCAAUCAUGAGCGACAACAAGAGCAUCAGUUUCUCUUGGGACGGCUCUGGCGUGCAUUCAAACACGAACAAUUCAGAGGACAACAGACUCUCCUGGGAAAGCUCAAUGGACAUCUCAAACAUGAACGACACGACUGACAACAGUUUCUCUUGGGACGGUUCUGAAGCUAUUUCAAACAUGAGCAACUUAGAGGACAACAGACUCUCCUGGGAAAGCUCAAGGGACAUCUCAAACAUGAACGACACGAAGGGCAACAGUUUCUCUUGGGAUGGUUCUGAAGCUAUUUCAAACACGAGCAGCUCAGAUGACAACAACUUCUCAUGGGACGGCUCAGAGGCUAUUUCAAACACGAGCAGCACAGAGGACAUCGGUUUCUCUGGGAUGGGCAGCGCAGUACAAAGUCCAGGUUCGACCUGGCUCAAAAUGAACAAUGAGAUGGAGAAGAAACUGGCAUCGGAUCCGAAAACCUUCAACCAGGUCUCGAAGCAGUUCCACAACGAUAAAGAAGAAGCCAAGACUCUACUCGAACAGUGGCAAGCACGACAGACUGGACGAGAAGAUGAACCUCCAAAAAAUAAGAGAAAGAAGGCGGACCCGCAAGCUAGCCCUCGACCAGCCAAAGGAGACAAACUUCACGAAGACGGAGUUCGGCUACGAGACGUAUGGAAUGUUUCAAUAUUGAGCACGCCGCCUACUCCAACUACGAAUGGAGUUUAUCUUGCAAGAACAGAUAGCGAGGCAAUCGCCCUACUGGGGAAUCUCGACGGGGUCGACUUGAAUUGCGCGAAUUAUAUUUUGAUCACGACGGCGACUCCUUCUACGACGCUGAAGGCAGCGGCGUCGGCAUACGAGAUAAAUCCGACACCGAUCCAGAUCCCCAGUCUCAAGACGAUCAAGAAGGAAGGGAAGCAGAAGGAGGUGGCGCAAACACGAGAAGGUUGGGUCUGGACAUUGGCUGCUGUGGACGACACUGAACCACCCAAAUUGGAGAUGGCGACGGCGGCGCCACAAGCACCAGGUUGGACCACUCAGUUCACGAACAUGAUUGCGGUGGUCAGCGAGUACCAUGGCGAAACGAGCUUUAAGAAGUUAUGUAAACAUCAAAAGGCGGCAACGGAGGCGUUCGGGAAGCUCAAGAGCAGUGACGCGCCAAAAGAAGACAAGAAGCAACUCUGGAAUGCCGUCCGAGAGGCCAAUCAAGAAACGAGAUCCCAUCUCCAGGCUCGUUUGCAGCAACUCAAGAGCGGCAAGGCCACCAAUGAAGAGUUAGACAUCACCAUCAACAGCAUCAAGCAGUACGAAGGCGAAAUCAAGACAGCAAGAACGCUGCGGGUGGACAUUACGACGAGGGGGGCGGUACGAGAUUUCCUUCGCAGGCACUCAGGAAAAGAUGGCUUGUUCACGGACACCUGUGGUUAUGACGACGCGGGAAAGAUGAAGGAUCGGCAGGAUGAGACGUGGCUCCCACUUGCAGCGAAGACUCCAGGAUACUACACGGUGGACGAGGGCAGAGAAGAACUGGACAAUAUAGUGGGUGACACAUUUGGUCUACGUCUCAAUCGCGAUGGAGCAGCAGGCAAAGACUCCGACUUCCUGGGUGGCAAGCCCCUCCCGAUUCAGCAGAUCAGACCCAACACCAGCACGACCCUCGACAACUCGAGCGUGCACGGAGGUGUUGGCUUCCUCAAACACAAAUCUUUAUCCGCCCAAGCUUGUGCGGCAAAGACGAUCGAAGCUAGGCGGGUCUUUGAACGCUGCCGUAUUCACCAGGUCGCGGUCCCUCUUCAGACUAGCGGCGUGGCCAGGUUCUUCAUGCACAUCAUUACCUUCUAUAACGAUGCAGGUCAUCGUCCAGCAGCUCGAGUACGCAAGGAACGAAUGAUGAACGAUGUUUUCACGAACGGCACCACCUGCGGCGCCCAGUCAACGAUAAUUUGUUGCGACACCAACCUGACGGACCAGAACAUUGUCAUCCGUGACGCGGUGGCCACAGGGCGGCGGGUUGAUAUAGGUAAGAUAUUUUCGUCACCAGCGGGCCCUGAACCGACUUAUGGCGGGAAGCAGGACUGGGGCAAGCCCCUGGACUUGGUGCGUUGGGUUCCCAAGAUGCCCACAGCCUUCCCUGUUGAGCAGGUAUCCUCUUUGGAUGAGGACCAGCAUGAGUAUCUACUGGACAGGACCUUUCAGCGACGGGAAAGCCACUUGAAGGAAACGAGGGAUUUGAAUAACCCCACACGUAUGCUGGAGGUGGCCACUUUGAUCGCUGAAGAUUACCUCGAAGAAAGAUGCAGCACAGCAGACCCCAAUUUCCAGGGUACCAGAGGGCGAUGUCGAGAGCUCACUUUGGCUCAGGAGCCCUUGGCUUGUCGGGCAGCCUCUGAGUCCAAACCUCAAGAUCCUUGGACAUAUCGGACGGCACGUUUGUACAAGAACCUUAGACGAGUACGCGAAAGGAUCAUCAAGUACACCAUCCACCCGGCCCCGACGACCGAGAUUUGGAAGGCACUUAUGAACAGAUUGGCAAAUAUAGUGGAUGACUUUACCAGGAUGAGACUCACCACAUAUUUCUUCGAUGUAGCAGUACCUGAUUUGAGGCAAUGUCAAGCUCUGCAGAAGAUGAUCGAAGACCAGAUCGACCAGUACGAUCGACAUGGACUGGAAACGAGACUACAAGCAUGGCGGGCUCGACUCUUUGCCGCGACGACUACGACAGUUUCGAAAGCCGACCGUGCAGCACUCAAGAAUCACAUGCGACCUCCACGAGAUGAACCCAUCACUGCAAUCAGACAUUAUGCCAUCAGACCUGAUGAUGUACUGAAUGAACUACGGAAGACGUGGGACCCGAUUUUCAAUAAGAGCGACCCGUCCAUCACGUGGGACAAGUUCCAUGCCAAGUACCAUCAUCUCAUUCAAGAGAAGCCGUGCAAAUUAGCAGAAUUCGAUCCUGACGAUUACCACGAAGCUAUUCAAUAA